AUGAGAACAUUGAUAUUGUUCCUUGUUUUUUGCCAACUUGUCUUCUCAGAUCCCCCAAAUCCACGUAGAGAAGCUCUGAAUUUUCUAACCGCACUUCACAAGCUGUAUUCACUUCAUGAUUCAAGUAUUCUGCACGCAGAGUUUGAAGCGGUAUGGAAAAAUGGGACAACUGCUUCGAGAGGUUAGCUUGCGGAAGGCCGCGAAGUUCCGCUAACCUGGAAUUUUUUUGUAGAAAAAACCGUGCACUACAUCAACAAUCUAAACGCUCAUCAAAUUGAACACCAUCAAAAUCUGACCAAAAAAUUCAGUCAGGCUACAAUUGAAGAUACUGAUUCUAUGUGGAAACAUCAACAUCAUGUCGCAAGAUUUGGAAAAGAUCAAAGUCUUGAAAUUGAAAGAAAUAAGCACCAAGUUUUGCAGACAAAAAUUGUGGCAAAGCCUGAUGCAACAAUUGAAGGGGGAUAUAAGUUUUAUCGAUUUUUUAUUUAUUAUUGA